GCAUUGUGAGUUUAAAUGGGAGUGUUAUCUUGGAGCUGUAAAAGUGACAGCUGGCUCCAGCAGCUCAGCGCGAAGAGCUCCUUUCAUUUCCCUGCUGUCAACGUCACAGAUAGACGUCUUUCAAAAGCUUCUUCAGGCGUGACCGCGUGCGAGUCCAGCGCCAUGUCCGAACCCGUGGUGGUGGAGCCUCCUAAAGCAGGUGAAGCGAUACAGUCCUGUGGUGCAGGAGACAGCUCAGCCUCCCUUGAUGACGGCAUUGGAGACACGGCAAAUGAGUCAUCAGAGGAAGAGUCCACCGGGGAGAAGGAGGAGGAGGUCGCUGCUGGAGAUGCCGCCGCUCUGCAGAGCUCAGACACACCACAGGUGAACGCCCAGCGCCCAGACUCCCUGUCCGUGCCGCCGUCGUCAGAGCUCCGUCUCUGGACGACGCAGCGCGACGGAGAGGUGAAACUCCGGGUCGAGGGCUCCGGUGAGGCUGCAGAUGCUCUGACUGUGAACCAGAUGUUUGCUGCAGCUGCAGAUCGAUUCAGUGACUUCACAGCUUUGAAAUGGAAGGAGGGCGAGCAGCAGAAAUCCCUCACCUACAAACAAUACUACCAGGACUGCCGCACUGCUGCAAAGAGCUUCCUAAAGCUCGGUUUGGAGCGUUUCCAUGGCGUUGGGAUUCUGGGCUUCAACUCUGCCGAGUGGUUCAUCACCGACAUCGGCGCCAUUUUGGCCGGGGGGCUCGCUGUGGGGAUUUACACUACCAACUCUCCUGAGGCUUGUCACUACGUAGCAGAAAACUCCAAAGCAAACAUUAUUGUGGUGGAGAACCACAAACAGCUGCAGAAAAUUCUCCAGAUUGAAGACAAGCUGCCUCACUUGAAAGCAAUUAUCCAGUACAAAGAUGCACUAAAGGAGAAGAGGCCCAACCUGUACUCGUGGGCAGAAUUCAUGGAGCUCGGCCGCAACGAUCCAGAUGGGCCUCUUGAUGCAAUCAUCUCCAGCCAGAAGCCCAACCAGUGCUGCAUGCUCAUCUACACCUCAGGAACCACGGGCCAGCCGAAGGGCGUGAUGCUGAGCCAUGACAAUAUAACUUGGACAGCAGCUGCAACGGGUUUACACGUCGAGCUGAAGGACGGCCUUCAGUUCCAGGAGAGGGUGAUCAGCUACCUGCCGCUGAGCCACAUCGCGGCUCAGAUGGUCGACAUCUGGAUCAGCAUGAAGGUCGGAGGGCUGACCUACUUCGCUCAGCCGGACGCCCUGAAGGGAUCUCUGGUGAACACCAUGAAGGAAGCACAUCCGACAGCCUUCAUGGGCGUCCCGCGUGUCUGGGAAAAGAUGCAGGAGAAAAUGAAAUCCGUCGGAGCGAAAUCAUCAACUGUGCAGAGGAAAGUGGCUGCCUGGGCCAAAGAUGUUGGUCUGCAGACCAAUCUGACCAAAAUGAAUCAAAGCGUAGCAGCUGCCCGCACCCCGUUCAGCUAUCAGGUUGCCAAAAAGCUCGUGUUUAAGAAAGUACGCAAGGCUCUCGGCCUGGACCGCUGCACCAAAUGCUUCACAGGCGCCGCACCAAUCACCAAAGACACCCUGGAGUUCUUCCUCAGCCUAAAUAUUCCUCUCUAUGAGCUUUACGGCAUGAGCGAGAGCACCGGACCCCACACCAUCUCCACACCUGAGGCCUUCAAACUCACCAGUUGUGGUAAAGAGAUUUCAGGAUGUAAAACAAGGCUGCACAGCCCCGACGAUGAGGGAAACGGUGAGAUCUGCUUCUGGGGCCGCCAUGUCUUCAUGGGUUACCUCGACAUGCCCGACAAGACGCAGGAAGCCAUCGACGAAGACGGCUGGCUGCACUCGGGCGACCUGGGAAAACACGACGAGAACGGGUUCCUCUUCAUCACCGGUCGUAUCAAAGAGAUGAUCAUCACAGCGGGAGGCGAAAACAUCCCUCCGAUCCCCAUCGAGGACGCAGUGAAGGAGGCUGUGCCGCUGAUAAGCAACGCCAUGUUGAUAGGAGACAAGAGGAAGUUUCUCACCAUGCUGCUCACUAUUAAGUGCCAAGUGAACGUCGAGACGGGCGACCCCGAGGACGAGCUGACGCCCGAAGCCGUGGAGCUCUGCAGGAAGCUGGGCAGCAAAGCCACGCGCGUCUCCGACAUCGCGGGCGGCCGGGACCGGGCCGUCCACGCCGCCAUCCAGGAGGGGAUCAACCGGGUGAACGAGAACGCCACCUCCAACGCGCAGCGCAUCCAGAAGUGGAUCGUUCUGGAGCGGGACUUCUCAGUCGGCGGAGGAGAGCUCGGUCCGACCAUGAAGCUGAAGCGACCCGUGGUGCUGAAGAUGUACAGAGAGCAGAUCGACAACUUCUACAAAGAGACGACGACCCAGGAGAACCCGCUGCCUCCCAAGUAGACGCCCUUUGACCUUCUGACAUUCUCCGCCUCGUUGGUCCGUCUCCUGAUGUCGUUUGGUGCCUGUCGGACCGCUUUGUCUCGCUUUGUUCUUGUUGUGCAGGCAAAAGCAGAGAAUCAGCUUUAUGUUUUUAAAUAUAAACGCAGUUAUUUAUUCAACGACGACGAAGAAUCCAGACAGAGCCGUUUGUCGUACUGAAAUACUUGAGCUACAGACAUGAAAUCCAAAAACGCAGCGGUUUGUCUUCUAAAGGAAUGACUUCUCAUAUUUAUUUUUUAGUUUGUCAAAGUUGGUGGGGUUUUUAACCAAGAAAAACAUAUCGACUGAUGGAAAAAAAAAAAACUUUUUAGUUGCAGUUUGCAGAAACGUAACAUCUGAAGUCAAACACUGCAAAAACACAAAAUAUUACAAAGUACUUUUGGUGUAAUUACCAGUGUGAGUAUCUUAGUAUACUUUAAAUACAACCGACAAGUAGCUUUUGAGCAAGCGUUCAAGUAAAUAAUUCACUAUUAAU